UUGCCUUAACUAGAUUUGCGUCAUCGGCAUUGUAUAGAUCAGCGUGCUUACGCAGCCGCACGGCGCUCUGCUGCACCUUCACCGUGUGAAGUUCUCUGCUGUCUGUGGGUCGGUUGAAGGGCUUCAGUGCAGAACCAGUGAACCGUCCACCAUGGCGACCAUUCUCCGCUCUGUUUUAACCAAGAAGGUAGCCCUGGCCCCCCUUCAGCUGGGUCGCAUGUGCUACUCCUCAUCUGUGCCCACCACCAAGCUGUUCAUUGAUGGCAAGUUUGUGGAAUCCAACACUUCCGAAUGGCUCGACAUCCACAACCCUGCCACUAAUGAGGUGGUGGGACGUGUUCCCAAAGCCACUCAGGGGGAGAUGCUGGCAGCGGUGGACUCCUGCUCCAGAGCCUUCCAGUCCUGGUCAGAAACCUCAAUCCUCACCAGACAGCAGAUCUUCCUGCGAUACCAGCAGCUCAUCAAAGACAACAUUGCAAAACUGGCCAGGUUGAUCACACUGGAGCAAGGCAAAACUCUGGCUGAUGCUGAAGGAGAUGUAUUCCGAGGACUGCAGGUGGUUGAGCAUGCGUGCAGCGUUACGUCCCUCAUGCUUGGUGAAACUUUGCCCUCCAUCACCAAAGACAUGGACACUUACACCUACAGACUUCCCAUCGGUGUGUGUGCCGGCAUCGCUCCCUUCAACUUCCCAGCCAUGAUACCUCUCUGGAUGUUUCCCAUCGGCAUGGUGUGCGGGAACACCUACCUCAUGAAGCCCUCCGAGCGAGUGCCGGGCUGCACCAUGCUCCUGGCCAAGCUGCUUCAGGAUUCCGGUGCCCCUGACGGCACGCUCAACAUCAUCCAUGGGCAGCAUGCAGCUGUGAACUUCAUCUGUGACCAUCCGGCUAUCAAGGCCAUCAGCUUUGUGGGAUCCAAUCAGGCGGGCGAGUACAUCUACGAGCGCGGCUCCAAGAACGGCAAAAGGGUGCAGUCCAACAUGGGUGCCAAGAACCAUGGUGUGGUGAUGCCCGACGCCAACAAAGAGAACACGAUCAACCAGCUGGUGGGUGCAGCCUUCGGAGCUGCUGGCCAGCGCUGCAUGGCUCUGUCCACUGCUAUUUUUGUAGGGGAUUCUCGUGAAUGGCUGCCAGAGCUGGUGGAGCGUUCCAAGUCGCUGCGAGUAAAUGCAGGUGACCAACCUGGAGCUGAUGUGGGUCCUCUUAUUUCCCCUGAUGCCAAGAACAGAGUGGAGUCUUUGAUCCAGAGUGGUGUCGAAGAAGGAGCCAAGCUGCUGCUGGAUGGGAGAAAUGUCUCCGUCAAAGGCUUUGAAAAUGGAAAUUUUGUCGGACCCACCAUCUUGGGCAAAGUCACGCCCGACAUGACGUGCUACAAGGAGGAGAUUUUUGGCCCGGUGCUGGUCGUCCUUGAGGCGGAAAGUCUGGAUGAGGCCAUUUCUCUGAUCAACAGAAACCCCUACGGCAACGGCACCGCUAUCUUCACCACCAACGGAGCCACUGCUCGCAAAUACACACACGAGGUGGAUGUCGGCCAGAUCGGAGUGAACGUUCCCAUCCCAGUCCCUCUUCCAAUGUUUUCAUUCACUGGCUCCAGAGGAUCAUUCAGAGGAGACACAAACUUCUAUGGCAAACAGGGCAUCCAGUUCUACACCCAGAUCAAGACGGUGACAUCACAAUGGAAGGCAGAGGACGCCACAGUGACCAGCCCAGCUGUUACCAUGCCGACCAUGGGCCGCUAAAUUCGUCAUCCUUUUAUGCCGCACUAAUCGUGGAUGAGCCUCUUGUUUUGGUUGCUGAGAAAUGUUCCUUAUGUGGAAUAAAAAUUGGUCAAUAUUUAAUCAUCACCGAUGUGGAUGAAUCAGCACUUGGUGUAAAAUUGACAUCUCCAACACAGACCCAGGUGUUGUGUUGGGUGUAUAUUUUGUAUCUUACCUCUUCUGAAGUCGUGAAUUUCUCCAGUCUGCUUCAGAAGCGACACAUGAAAUGGCUUGGUUUGUCUGAGCUGUGAAUGAUCAGAAUGUCUUCCACAUGUUUUCUUUUCACCUUGGACUUCUCAUCUGAGCAUUUUUGUGGACAAAAGACAAAUGCGUGGCACUCCACUGGAACCCCUCGAUUAUAAUGCAAAAUGGAUUUUACAGCUCCAGCUUUCUGCUUGGAUGUCCUGGAUUCAGUGUCUUCUAGGUGUGUUGUUUCUGAUUCUGAUUGUUAGAGGUCAUAAAUGAUGGAGUAGGUAUGUUACUUCAUAUGCAGUUGUUGCCUGAGAUGCACACAUGAGUAGUGGCUUCAGUUUUUUGUCUAAACUCUUAAACAUUUCCAGUGAAUGUUGAAAGACAAGGCAUAUGACUGUUUUAAUAAACACUUUUGAAAGCAA